CAUGGCUGAGCCCAGCGGCCGGCGGCGGAGGCAGCAGCUGGCGCUCGGCGCGGUCGGCGGUGCUGCGCGCGGCGGAGCCUGAGAGCAGGACUCGUAGACCGCGAGCGCCGGCCCAGGAGCGGAGCGCAUAGGACAGACCCCCGGCGCGCGCCCGGAGACCGCGCACCCGGAGGGAGACCCCGCGCCCGGAGAGAGGAGACCCCGCCCCGGAGCAUGUGGAAGCUCGGCAAGAGCAAAGUGCUUCUGAGCAGCGCCCCCGAGGAGGAGGAGGGCCUGCGGGAGGGGAAGCCGCCGCCGCCGCCCGCCGCCGCCGCCGCCGCGCAGGUACAAGGAGCAAGCUUUCGAGGCUGGAAGGAAGUGACGUCUCUGUUUAAUAGGGAUGACAAGCAGCAUCUUCUUGAGAGGUGUAAAUCCCCCAAGUCCAAAGGACCUAAUUCACGAUUAAAAGAAGAGUUGAAGACUGAGAAGAAGUCUGGAUUUUGGGACAAUUUGGUUUUAAAACAGAAUACACAGUCUAAAAAGCCAGAUGAGAUCGAAGGUUGGGAGCCUCCAAAAAUCACUCUUGAAGAUGCAGCAGCUGAUUCCGGCGACCCCACGAGCGACCACUUGUCUUGGCCGGGCUGGGAAGAUGAUACCAAAGGCUCUUCUAAGUAUACCACCCUGGCCAGCUCAGGAAAUAGCUCCAGAUGGGGCAUCAAGUCAGCCGGGAAGCUGGUCAGCAUUAGACGGCAAAGCAGAGGUAACCUUACCGAGAACUGGGAAGAAUUGGAAUGAGAGUGUGAAAGGAAAUGCUACAUAAAAAAAAAAGCCCACUAUUUCCAUGUAUUUUCAAACCAAAAUUUGCCUAAUAUUGCACCUUUGUAUUUCAUUAAGUCUUAGAGUUUGCUGUAUCGUGUUUUGUUUUUUUUUUUAAUUAGUAUCUAUCAUUAAGCCUUUCCGUCUGUUCUCACAUUAAAAAGAGUAGAGAACCUACUCUCUGCCUGCAUUUCACAUCUGGAUCUUUAUUUUCAUGUAUUGAAUUUUGAAAUUCCCAAGCAUACUGUGAUUCCUUAAUGACUAUUUACAGGGGUCGUACAUUGGAUUGCCUUACCGUAGAAAUGCCCAUUUCUCAGAAUCCAUGUUCUGCUGAAACUGGAGGUGUAAAUUUUGGAGGCUGUCCUGUACGAUAAUAGCAGUGAUUUGCAUUUGGCACAGACCUGUUUUCGUGCCAGUCUUAGUUGUAGUUCUUACCUUUCUCUCGCACGCAGCAUAUACGAGCAGUCUGUGAAACAUGAGAAAGUAGCAAUUACGCAGUUCUUUCCUGUUGUCAGAAAAUUGCUGUCCAGGUGGUAAAAUGAAUCUUCCAAAGGUUAUGUUAAAUGUUGUUUAAUUUAGCAAAUCAAAAAUUUCCUUAUUAAAUUAAAAAUAGGUAGACAAAUUAAAUACUAGAAAAGCAAAGGUUAUAUUUGAGUAUAAAAUGUCAAUAUUUAAAAAUGUAUAUUCAUCUGUCGUCUGGGGGAAUAGCCUCUGGUGCACAUCGGCUAGGUAAUGCUUGGAGAUUGUGUUUUCCUUCUCCUGAACUUUUAAAUGUUCUUUGUUUUCUUCUAAAUAUUUACUCUCUUCUUUUGUUUACAGAUUAAUUAAAGAAUGCAGUAAAGUAUGGAUAAAUUUUAGUAACUUGAUACUCUUAAUUUUGUUUGGAACCCUUAAUUUGCUCACUGUAGAAUGCAAACUGUAUAUAAAAUAACUGGAAGUACCUCUUUUCUAUUAUGCCCCAGUUUUUCUUUUUUCAAAGUGAGAUACUUGUCGUGAUUGGUGUUAGGUCUAUAAGAUGCUGUAUUUUUUUUUCCCCCACUUAAGAAUAAUUCGAGAGCAUUGCCCGGGAGUUUUUUCUCUGUCUCUGUCUCUCUCCUAUUAAAGAUGUCUCUAGACUUGCUGAUUGACCUUGACGAUGGGAUCCUGUGUUUAUCAGGUAAACUAGUAAUAUGUGUCUCUUUAACAAUAUGGCCCUUAGCAGGUGGUGCAGAUAUCUGUCUUAGGUAAAAGUGGUUUUAAAAGCAAACGUAGAUUUUUCUUUUUUUUGCAUAAAAACCUCCAGUUACACUGUGUUUUCCCCUCAUGUAAAAAAAAAAAAAAAUGAACUUGUCCUCAAAUUGUUCAGUUUGCACUUCCGUGCUGUUGCGUUUAAUUGGCUGCUCCAUUUACUGUUCCUGUGGGAUUUCUGAACGUGCUUGAUGGCAACCCGCGUUGUAUUGUAACAUAACAUAGUAUUUAAAUAAAUAUAUAUAUUUUUAGUAGAACAAGGAGUUUACUUGACCCAGCCUUCAAAGGGGGACACGUUGUAAGUGGUGUUAAUAUACAAAUUCCAGCUUAUGUUAGAAUCUUGAAUGCCUGGAGGUUUUGUUUCUUAAUGCAGAGGAAGGCUUAUAAUUUCUGACAUAAGAGCAGAGUUGAAAAUCUUGUUUCCUCAGGUAAAUAGUUUGGUGUACAGACUGCAACCGUCAGUCCCCUUAAAGGAACGUGUGCUAUGAUUGUACAGACGUGAACCGUUUCAGGAUUUAUGCAGAUGUUUUCAAGCGGGAGGUGGGUUUGGGUUUAUCUUUGGCUAACAGUGUCUCGAGGCACAAGAAAGUAAAUAACGUAUUUGAGACCCUAGAAAUGGUAGUAACAUGUAAGAAGGUUGGGAAUGCUACUUCUCCCACUUUUGGGGAGUGCUGGAUACCGUGACCAGCUGCAGUUAGUUAUGGCUGUACUUGUAACGUUAAGUGCCUGUAAUUCACCUGGAUAAUAGAUUUGUGAUGCACAGUUGGUAAAAUAGCUUUAUAAUAUUUGUCCUCAAAAUUUGAAGAGAAAGCCAGGCUGGGAUUGGAAUAUGACGUGUAAAUCAAAUUUUUUUCUUAUCUACAAAAAUUCAUUAAUGUAAAAAUAGAUUUUUCUUCUGUGUUUCUGAUUAAAUUAGAAUGUGAUUUUUUUUUUUUUUUAAUAUAUUUACUGGUGUGCUUUGAAAGCUAAAUUUUUUUUUUUUUUCCUGAAAGAAGAACUUACCAAAGCAAAUUUCUCUGCUAUGUUCACAGGUUAAUGAGAGAAUGAGGUUUUGAUCUGGGGGUUUUGUUUGAAUUCUGUAUACACACAAGGGGAUUUACUGUGUGAAGAAAGAGUUGUCUGUACUCCUUAUGAAGUGAUUUUAUUGUUUUUUUUGAUAAGAAAACAAUUGGCUUCAAAGAAGGUAGGAUUCAUUCUUAAUGCUGAAGUUUCAAAAAAUAAAAAUACUAUUUUUACCACUUUGCUUUGUUGGUUUGCAUGCUCGUCAGCGUCCACUCAAAGGCGAAUGCUCCCAACGGCUUUCAGUGUUCCGUCAGAGCUGCUGGCACUUGCCCUGAAUUUUAAACCUCAUUUUAAAAUGCAGACGAUACAUGUAAACUUUUUCAUAAAUAAAUGAACAAUUUCAAAUGAAGUUCUUAAGAUGGAUCUUUUGCAUAUUCGAACUGCCACUUUGUGUUUCUCUGUGAAUGAAUAGUGCUUGCUCAGGACUGUGUGUGACCAGAAGCCGCCGGGCUCCUAACAUGCGUCUCCUGGUGGGGCACGCAGUGUAGCAGUGUUACUGAAGCGGACUGGGCACGUACCCUGGUUUUUGUUUUUGAUUUCACUGUUGAUUAUUUAACGAGUUAGAUCCUUAAGCAAAUUUUUACCCCUCCGCAUUAGUUCGGAAACAAUGAAUAUACUAGCCAUAAUAAUAUAUUUUUGACUUAAUCAUUUUUGUCUCUUUAAAUCAUUACCAUCUCUUAGGAAAAACAUUUUUUUUCAGAUAACAGUGGUGUAUUAUGGAAGGUAAUAUUAAUUUCCCUUAAAAACCGGAUGGAGCAUUCGUUAGGUGCUUGGCUGCUAACCGAAACGUUGGCAGUUCAAACCCACCAGCCACUGCUCAGGAGAAAGAUAUGGCAGUCUGCUUCUGUAGUGUAAAGAUUACAGACUUGAAAAAACUCUGGGGCAGUUCUGCUGUCCUGCGGGGCCUCUGUGAGUUGGAAUUGAUUAGACAGAAUUGAUGAAAAACUGAGUAACUGAACCAUGGGCUGGAAUGCCUUAAUCAUCAGCGUUAUUUUUCGAGUAUGGAUACUUUUGGAAAUAGGUAAGUGAAACAUUUGGUGAUAACUCGACAUCGUGUCAUUUUCCUUUUCUUUCCUUUCUGGUAAAAAUGUAUCCUAAGCAAUUGAGUUUCUGCCUAUGACUCUGUACUCUGUCACCUCAAAACUACUUACAUGGCUGGAAAGCUUUCUACUUUGCCUGGUUGUUAAGAGUGUAAAAAUAAAAAUUUCACGUCCUCCCCCUCUGUGGGUCUCAUGAUCACCCGCUGGCUUCAGCUCUGUCCACUCUCAGUCACCCCUUUCCUGAGGGGUCUCUAAGAUGGCCUGCCCUUGGCCUGUGGCUCUUACGUACUCCUCUUCCUUGACUUUGUCCCCUCUUAUUGAUAAUGAGAUGCCCCUCUCCUUUUCUAGUACCUCCAUUCCAUCUUACUUGCAGUGUGGGUCCUUCCUCGACCAGAGACCAUGCUUCUCCCAGCUCUUCUCCACUGGCUGUUUCACCCGCAAGCUGUCUUGUGUUUUCCAUUCAUCACUGAAGAUUCCAGCUCUCUUUCCAGUGGAGACUGACGCCGCAAGCCUAAGCUUCCCCUCAAGGCUCCCUCUUCUCUCAUCUGGCCUACUUUUGAAAUUGCUGCAGGGCACUCUGGGGAAUUCGGCAUCACAGUUUCGGAGUGUGUCUUGGAUUCUGACUCAUGGACCAGCAUCACUGAUUUCCGUAUGGUGAUUUUCUGGCUCUUGUCACGGGCAAGGGGAAUGUUCGUGUCCCCAUUGUCUCCCAAUUUGAGCCAUUUAGCCUCUUUCUGAUUUUAUGGCUCUGCCUCAGUUGAUACUUGAUUGAAUGUAAACAAUCAAAAGACCAGCAGGUAGGGUACUAUUUAGUAAGCGCUGAAGAGCUCAGUGGGCUAAGAUGAUUUUUCUAAGUUUGUCUUUUUAUUCUAAAUGUUCAGAAUAAUCCAGAGCUUGUAUAAACAGUGCUGUGUAACUGUCUUAGUUAUCUAAGUGCUGCUGCAACAGAAAUACCACGAGUGGGUGGCUUUAACAACAGAAGUUUAUUCUCUCACAGUUUAGUAAGCUAGAAGUUCAAAUUCAGGGUGCGAGCUCCAGGGGAAGGCUUUCUCUCUCUGUCGGCCCUGGGAGAAGGUCCUUGCUUCUUCAACCUCUGCUUUCUGGUUCCUUGGAGAUCUUCACAUGUCUUGGCAUCUCUCUUACCCAGUCUCUCCUCUGCUCCUUUGUUUAAUCUCUCUUAUAUCUCGAAAGAGAUUGAGUCAAGAUACACCCUACACUAAUCCUGCCUUGUUAACAUAGCCAAGACAACCCAUUCCCAAAUGGGAUUACAACACAUGUUUUUGGAGAACACAAUUCAAUUCAUAACGGUAACCAAGAGAGCUUGCUGCCGCCGCCAUUUUUUUUCCAUUUGGUAAAAAGUGAUUUUAGCGUGAUGGAUAUGAAGCAGUAAUAUACUCGGAAUGGCCCCCUUGCAGUUUAAAUCACGUGCUAGUGAGGAAAUAAAAAUUGUUCCUUCUUUUUCUAGUAUAAUAUGUUGCCUUAAGUAAAAGCAUUUCUGACUGGGGUUGUAAUUUUUGACAUCAGCUAGUUCAUCCAGCAUUCAGGUGGAAUAAACACUGAGGCAAAUUUAAAGUGCAGUGGUAAGUUACUCUUCUCAUGGCCCAGUGUUCUGUAAUUUCGUAAUGGUUGUUUAUAAUCGCGGAUAUGAGACACUGCGGUGACUUCUGAGUUGGAGUAAGUUAUGCUGAAUUUUAUGUUUAAGUGAUUUAUUAUACCCUUUUUUUUAUUAAUUAUACCCUAGUUCUUCAAAAACUAACCACUGCAGUGGCCUUCCAUUGGAUUAUCUACUGAAUAUCUGGCAGGAGCUGGAGGAGGGUAAAGGUGUUUACUCUCUACCCUUUCGUAUUUGCAUAGCACUUUUUUAUUAUGCAACUCACAGCCCCCGAAGAGUGGCAGGGUGAGGUGGACACUCCAGGUGGAGAGCAGGCUAACUUCUUCCCAGGAAGCCUUGAAACCAUCCAGUGCAACUUGCAUUUUUGUCUCAGUUUUUAGUACCAGGUAGCUGUUAAGGAGCCCUGCUGGUGUAGUGAGUAAGAGGUGCGGCUGCUAACCAAAAGGUUGGCAGUUCGAAUCCACCAUUUGCUCCCUGGACACCUGAUAGGGCAGGUCUGCUCUGUCCUGUAGGGUCCGUAUGAAUUGGAAUUGACGGCAGCGGGUUUUUUUGUUGUGUUUCAUUUUGUUUUUUAGUUAGCUAUUGAGAGAAGUUGUAAGUUCAGCAAGUUGAAUGCAGAGAUUUUAAGUUUUAACACGAAGUAUUGCUUUGUUACCUAAAUGCCUUUUGAUUUACACUGUGGAGUAAGAAAUCAUGUGGAAAUGAAAAAUAACUUCAGCUAACAACCGAAAGGUGAUGAACCUAGCUUUUGCCAGUUGGAAAAUAUAAAAUUUCUACUGAAAAAGACUUCUUAUUUUGAAAACAUUGGAGCUGUGUUAUUUAGUAAACAGAACGAAGAGAGCCAGCUUGCUAGUGCUCAGAGCAUGCGGUCAAACUUGGUAAUUAGUGAGCAUCCAUUGAUGGCUCACUGCUUUCCUUCAGCUCAACUUUGCCUUAUUGAAGAAAUGCCUAUGAAUAUUAAUUUCUAAUGUCUGUGAGUGCGGUAAGGAUAGCAGUGAAUUGUGGAAGAGUGCCAGGCCUAGCGCCCCAGCACUGCCAGUUACGUUGUAAUCUCUCUGCGCUUUAGUUGUCUUAUUUAUAAGAUGAUAUAUCCUGAGGGUUGUGAGGAUGAGAUCGGUUAAAGCUGAAGGCUGUUGGUAAAGCUGUAAAACACCGAAUACAUGCAAGGUGUGGAUCCUGUGGCCUUUCCCUCAGCUUAAAUUAGUCUUGAAUAACUCCAGCUACAAGUCAUAUGGAAAGAACGCUGCAGUCACUCUUGAAUAUUUAAAACACUUUAAAUAGAGAAAACUAAAACAAGACAGCCGCUGGAUUAGGGUGGGCCAAGUGGAUUGAGCUGUGUAAAGUUGGCGGGUGUUAACCUUUCAUAUUAGAAUUAAAUAGUUUAGUUUUGUUUAAAGGGAUGUAAAAGAAGUUACUGCCAUUGCAUGCUCCUUUAAGCUGCCAGAGAAGACAGAGCUGUAAGCUUUCCAUGGCUGGUAUAGUGACUGGUCUCCUUUAGCCGGAAAUUGGCUAACAUUUUUGACUAGCUUUAGGGAAGGAAACUUAUAAUGCUAUGAAUGCAAACUGUACAGUUCUGUCCAAAAUGUUCAGUAGUGGUAGCUGGGCACCAUGCAGUUCUUCUGGUCUCAUUGCAAAGAAGGCAGGAGUUUAUAAGCAGCUAGACCUGAGGUCCAGCUCUUUGUCCAAUUCCUAGUUCUCCUUUUUCCUCUGCUGCUCCAGGCAGAUGGAGACCAUAGUUGUACCUUGGAUGGCUACUCGCAAGCUU